AUUCUUCUAGGAAUUUCGCAAACAUGAAGUUUCUUAUUUGUGGAAUUGUAGCGUCAGCUUUGCUCCUUUUGGGCGAGCAGAAUUUGGUGCAAGGACAAUAUGCUCCACCACCUCCAGGAUUUUAUGCACCACCCCCACCAGCACCACCUCCACCAAGCUAUUGGGCCCCGCCACCACCAGCACCGCCUCCACCAAGCUAUUAUGCCCCACCACCACCAAGCUAUUAUGCUCCACCACCACCUUCAUGGGGCCCAAGCUUUUAUUUCUAAUGACCAGUUUGUGUUGUAGAGGGUAGUCUUCUACAUACAAAUAAAUACCGCCUACUCUUGUUGGGUGAAGAUUCUACAUUUUUGACCAUA